AUGAAUGCUCAGUUGUCGAUGGAAAGUAUUGGCGGUCUGCACGGAGUUAACCAUGAGCAGAUAUCCGCCACGGAAGACCUGAUGGGUAGUAACAGCCCUCAUCACAGAACUCAUCGCGGCAGCCAAUUGUCAUCCCACCCUCGCUCCAUGGGCAUGGCGUCAAUCUUAGACGCCGGGGACUAUCAUCACCACCGACCCUCGGACCACCUGCACCCAGCCAUGACCAUGGCUUGCGAGGCCCCCCCAGGCUUGAGCAUGAGCAGCACCUACACCACGCUGACCCCCCUGCAGCCGCUACCUCCCAUCUCGACCGUCUCGGACAAGUUUCCUCACCAUCACCACCACCCUCAUCACCAUCAUCACCCUCAUCAGCGGAUCCCCGGCAAUGUGAGCGGCAGCUUCACCCUGAUGAGAGACGACAGGGCUCUGGCUUCAAUGAAUAACAUCUACAGUCCAUACCACAAGGAUGUUACCGGCAUGGGACAAAGCCUUUCUCCAAUGUCGGGACCAGGUUUGGGUGGCAUUCACAACUCCCAGCAGGGACUGCCACCUUACGCACACCCGGGGGCCACCAUGCCCACGGAAAAAAUGCUAACACCUAACGGAUUCGAGGCUCACCAUCCUGCAAUGUUAGCCAGGCAUAGCGAUCAGCACAUGACCGCCUCCUCGGCGGGCAUGGUUCAAAUUCACCAUCACCCCCAUGCUCACCUAAGCGCUCAGAAUCACGGUCAAACAUUGGGCUCGACGAGAGAGCAAAACCCGCCUUCUGUACUUGGAUCCCAAGUUAACAGCGGAGGCAAUUCAGGGCAAAUGGAAGAGGUAAAUACCAAAGAAGUAGCCCAGAGAAUCACCACUGAGCUUAAGAGGUACAGCAUCCCCCAGGCCAUCUUUGCCCAGAGGGUGCUGUGCCGGUCGCAGGGGACCCUAUCCGACCUGUUACGGAACCCCAAACCCUGGAGCAAGUUGAAGUCCGGCCGUGAGACUUUCCGCAGGAUGUGGAAAUGGCUGCAGGAGCCCGAGUUCCAGAGGAUGUCGGCGCUUCGGCUCGCAGGUGAGCGCGCGCCAGCCUGCAAGAGAAAAGAGCAAGAACACGGCAAAGGUGAGCGUGGCGGCGUCUCCAAGAAGCCCCGGCUGGUCUUCACCGACAUCCAGCGGCGCACCCUGCAUGCAAUAUUCAAGGAGAACAAGCGUCCAUCCAAAGAGCUACAGGUCACCAUCUCCCAGCAGCUCGGGCUGGAGCUCAACACCGUCAGCAACUUCUUCAUGAACGCCCGCCGGCGGAGCCUGGAUAAGUGGAUGGACGACAGAGGCUCCCACUUAGCCAACUCAACUUCUUCAUCCAGCACUUGUACCAAAGCAUGAAGGCAUGGAGGUCGCAGACUGAAACCUCGGUGGAAAAGCUUUAAAAUAAUAAUUUUUAAGUCAAAGACCAGGCCCCUCAGGCAAAAGUUGCACCUGGAAAGGGCAAA